GCUACUCCAAAAUGGUGUACAUGGUGAAAGAUUCCGAUGACUUCAACAACAAGCUCGAAGCGGCCGGCGAUCAGCUGGUGGUGGUCGAUUUCUUCGCUACCUGGUGCGGACCGUGCAAGGUGAUCGCGCCGAAGCUGGAAGAGUUCCAGAACAAGUACGCCGACAAGAUCGUCGUGGUGAAGGUGGACGUGGACGAGUGUGAGGAACUGGCGGCCCAGUACAACAUUGCCAGCAUGCCAACCUUCCUGUUCAUCAAGAAGAAGGAAGUGGUCGCCCAAUUCUCCGGUGCGAAUGCCGAAAAGUUGGAAAACUUCAUCCAGCAGCACUCCGGUUGAGAAAGGAGCAGCAGUUAAGCGAAGGACACACACCAUUACAAUGUAAC